CCAUCGCACCAUCUUGCAGGGGUUUGUUGUGACAAGUGGGUCCAGCACUCAUUUCCAACCGUGAUUUCUGUCAGCCCUGAUGACAAAGAUAUCAUGACAUGGUGCACUUAUCCACUCACUCAGAGGGAACAAGGCAUUUUAAAUCACAGGUGCACAAGCUGUUUUCUAAAAGUGGAGAUGUCACACGUAUCAUCAUUGGCCUGGACGAAACCAAGAAGACUGCUUGUGGAUUCUGCUUUGUCGAAUACUACACCUGUGCAGAUGCAGAGCAUGCCUUGCGCUUCAUUAAUGGCACACGGCUGGAUAACAGCAUCAUCAGGACAGACUGGGAUGCUUCAAGGAUGAAGGCAGUUCGGUCGUGGCAAAUCAGGAGGACAGGUAGGUGAGAGAUGAUUACGACCCAGCGAGAGACAGUUACGGUAACUGGCUCAGCAGCAUCGACCCGCAGAGGGGCGCAAUAGUUUUUAGAAUAAACACCACAGCAGUCUGCCUGGACUACAGAGUCCCAGCUGUUAGUCCUGCUCCAGAUUAACUCUCCCACAAGGUCAAGCAAGCUACCACAGAUUAGAAGUUUUGUCAUGAAAGCCCUCUGCAGCAGUCCAGCUCGGACUACUGGAUCCAGGUGUGAGCAAAUGUUAUUUAUUUGUUUUUGAGGCCUGGUUUUUGCUCUGCCUGUCUCUGCAACUACACGGUUGACAUGUGAUAUUUGUUGAUGUUUAUUAUUCUGUGUAAAGAAAUGCCAUUGAUUUUCCUGCAGGCUGGAAAGGCUCUGAUAAAGUUGUCUUGAUUUUCUGUGUCAUGUUCAAAUAACUACCUGAAGUAGUGAAGAUGCAGUGCUGUUCCAUGAAUGAAAUUUUGUCCAAAACUGUGCAUACUUUUUAAAAUAAAGUCUUGUUUUUUGAAA